AUGCUGCUCCUCAACCAUUCCAGCUUCAUUCUGGUGGGCAUUCCUGGCUUAGAGUCACAGCAUUCGUGGCUAUCGGUUCCUUUUUCUUCAAUGUUUUUGGCUAUCCUCCUUGGUAAUGGAGCUAUCCUCUUCCUGGUGGCCACACAGCCCACCCUUCACACACCUAUGUACCUACUCCUGGCCCUGCUGAUGACGGCUGACAUUAUAUCCACUCUUGCUUUUGUGCCCAAGACCCUGUGCAUCUUCUGGCUCAAGGAUCGAGACAUAGCUGCUAAUGUCUGUUUCACGCAGAUGUUUUUCAUCCAUGGGACAUCUGUCUUCCGAUCAGCUCUACUUGUUGCGAUGGCUUUUGACCGUUUCGUGGCAGUGUGUGAGCCAUUACGCUACAGUACAAUUCUGAGUCAUUCUCUAGUUGGGCGUCUGGGAUUAAUGGCUCUGGCCAAGGGUGUGAUCCUCAUCUUGCCUAUGCCUCUUCUACUUCAAAGGCUGACUUUCUGCCAAAGGGUCAUUCCUCACACAUACUGUGACCACAUGGCUGUGGUGAAAAUGGCUUGCAGCCACACUAGACCCAAUCGGAUCUAUGGGCUCUUUGUGGUCUUGCUUGUGGUUGGACUCGAUCUGCUUCUCAUUGGCUUCUCCUAUGCCCUCAUCCUGCAGGCUGUGGUACGCCUCAACUCUCGAGAUGCCACCUUCAAAGCCCUCAACACCUGCUCUGCCCAUCUCUUUGUCAUCCUUGUUACUUAUGUGCCUGCCCUCUUUUCUUCCAUCGCCCACCGCAUCGGUCGCCACAUUCCACCUCAUGCCCAUAUUCUUCUUGCCAAUCUCUACCUUCUCUUGCCUUCAAUGCUCAACCCCAUCAUCUACGGUAUAAAGAUGAAGGAAAUGAGGAAGAGGGUGGCCAAAUGCCUAUGCAGAAGAACUUCAUAG